CUGGGCGCUGGUGCGCAUGCGCCCAGCUGCUGCUUUGCCGGCGCUCCUUAGUCGCUGUUUUUUUUUUUUUUUCUUCAAUCGCUGCGACUCGUUUUUCCGCGCAGGAAGGAGGGCUGAUUCCUAGUCGUGGCCUCGCGUUCCGCGUUCCUACGGUUCUCGUGACCCGCUCACGAUGGCGGGCAUCCUGUUCGAGGAUAUUUUCGAUGUGAAAGACAUUGACCCCGAAGGCAAGAAGUUUGACCGAGUAUCUCGACUGCACUGUGAGAGUGAAUCUUUCAAGAUGGACCUCAUCCUCGAUGUAAACAUUCAGAUUUACCCCGUAGACUUGGGGGACAAGUUCCGGUUGGUCAUAGCUAGUACCUUGUAUGAAGAUGGUACCCUUGAUGAUGGUGAAUACAACCCUACAGAUGACCGGCCUUCCAGGGCUGACCAGUUUGAGUAUGUUAUGUAUGGGAAAGUGUACAGGAUUGAGGGAGACGAAACAUCUACAGAAGCAGCAACACGCCUGCUGGGAUGCAGAGCUGCUGAGCAGCGGCUGCUCCAGGCCACAGACUUAUGGGACUGGCACCUUCCAUUUCAGCUCUGCCUACGUGUCCUAUGGGGGUCUGCUCAUGAGACUGCAGGGCGAUGCCAACAACCUGCACGGGUUUGAAGUGGACUCCAGAGUGUAUCUGCUGAUGAAGAAGCUGGCCUUCUAAAGCUUGCAGGAGGCCUGCUUGCGGGAGGUUUGCUGCUCACUCCUCAAGGUCGUGGAUCGUGUCCAAGCCCCCGUGGCAGGUGCUGCUGUUCACCUGUAAAGGAGGGGCCGGCUCUCCGUCUACCGUGGCUGCGUCCUUAGCUAGCGGUCUGCACUCCCUGAGACAUGGACUUGCCUGUGAAUCGCUCAGGGGGAAAGUGUGAAAUGCAUCACAGAUUGUUUUGUGUGUGUGACUUUUUUUUAAUUAAACAAAUUUUUUCAGA